AUGGCGCAGUCAAAUCCUAAAUAUGACGGUCUUCGCGAUAAAUUACGUCGACGAUUGAACCACUUUCGAGACAGAUCCCGAGGUCCAUUGAACAAGGAAACCCAAGCACAAGCGCUUGCCACAACUAACCUAUUGUCCCUAACUCAAAAUCAAACGCGCGACGAUACAUUCAAGGCCAUUGAAAACUGUGAGGUGCAUGAGGAAUCCGUGGGCGUCCAAAAUGCUGUCCGAAUCCAACCAGACCAGGUGGUUCUCCAAGCGACCAGCCUAGAGGCGAAUUUGACAGCGCCUCAGCGUAUUCCUGGGGGUGAAUCAGGCAGCGUCGACAUCUCUUCGGGCCUCUGGAGUGCAGCAUUUCGUGAGGCAGUGGAAGGUCUUCGGGAGGAUAUUGAUAUUGCAACUCUCAAGGGGAAAGAUGCCGCGCAGUUACUCAAAGAUCUCGAAGAUGUUGCAAAAGAGGCAACACAGACAUCGAUGUUCUGGAAGGGGUUGAAAUACUUACAAACCUUACAAGUACCCCUCCAGAGGUUCAAAGACGUAUUGGACCUGGCAAGUCCACUGGCAAACCUUGAACCUACUGCCGCAACGGUUGUUGGAGUGGUUCGAGGCUUGACUGCGAUCGCAAUCAGCUUCGCAAAUUCUGAUUCAGAUUUCGCUGACAAGCUUGAAAGUAUGCUAACGCAUAUUUCAUACAUCGAUGAGUGCGACACCCUUGGUCGGAAGGCGGAGGAGAAGAAAAUUCACCGGGCACUCGUUUUGGUCUACCGAAAGAUUCUAGAGUUCUACCAAGCGGUAUGCGAGAUGCUCGCAAGAAAAGGAAUGCGGUUUGUAAUAAAAAUGGUCCUGGAGAGUGAUCGCCUCCCGAAUAUCGUCCAAGACAUCAUGAAAUGCUCCGAUAUUCUCCACAACCUUGUGCAAACAACAACGCUUAAAAUCCUUCAAGAUAUUGAAGACAGGUUGAUCCAUGAGCAAGUUCGCAGUUGGCUAGGUGCCGAGAAGAUGAAAGGCCAAACUUGCUACCAUGAUGAACUUAAAUUUCUGCGAGCUGACCAGGCUUGUGACUUCAUUUUAAGAGAUUCCAAUUUCAGAGCCUGGUACCAUGGCUCGGGUUCUCGACUGCUGGUGAUUCUCGGUGAGAUGGGCCGUGGCAAGACCGUUCUUAUGGCCUACAUUGUGGAUCAACUUUAUCAGAGGAAAGGCGAUCAACUCCCGAAUCCCAAGAUAUGCUAUUAUUAUUGCCGGGAAGAUGAGACCGGGAAUGUGGUAGCGGUACUAUCUGCUUUGAUACUGUCGCUUCUUCAGCAGCUGCCAGGUCUCAAGAGGCAUUUCUGCGAUUGGUAUAACGAGAAACAGGCUCUUGGAUGUUACGAUCCAGCAGCGAGUAUUGAAAGCCUUGAAGAAUACUUGCAAAAUAUGUUGGAAGCAAUUGAUCGCCCAAUUUUCUUUUUGGUCGAUGGUAUUGAUGAGUGCGACAAAAAUUCCACAAGAAGACUUCUCAAAUUGUUGAAACAUCUCUCGGCAAACAUUUCGGGCCUCAGAAUUCUCAUCUCUUCUCGACCGCAGGAAAGGAUACUUAGCCAGCUGGAUAAAAUCCCGAGCGUCGCAGUCAGCUCAGGUGCUCAAAGAGAUAUGGUAAUUGCUGAGAAAAUCGCCGAUAUGUAUCUGCCCCACCUGGCAGCAGAGCUUAGGGCGCUGGUGAUAAAGGAGCUAUCGCCACUAGCGCAAGGGAGUGCCAUAUGGACGAAGAUGGCAGUACAGCUUCUUGAACUCCGCGAUGUCAAUAAUGAGGAUCAGAUACGACGCUUUGUGAAAGAGGCAGCACUACCGCAAGAUCUGUCAAAACUCUAUGCUUCGUUACUCUCCCGAUGCACUGGGAACGAUUCGGAAAACAAUCAGCUUGCCUUCACAGCGUUGAAAAUUCUUUCCGCUAUUCAUAGACCUUUGAGUAUUAUGGAACUGGCCUGGGCGGUGACUUUGAGUGUGACUGACAAUGUUACCACCGUGCAUGCUCUCGGCAAGCAGGUCGACCAUCGGAGAAUCGUGGGUCUUAUUUACCCCUUCAUCUCCCGCGUCGACUUCAACGAUCUAAAGAAACAUCAAGUUCGACUCGUACACCAAUCGGUGAAAGAUUUCGUCCAAGGAAACUCCAUUUCAAAACAUCUACGCCCGCAAUACACCAUGGCGGGAGAGACUGGACACGUUUCAGUGAUCCAAUACCCUGAAAGACCAGCAGCAUUCAUCCUAAGCAUCUGCAUCAGAUACCUUCUGUUGGAUGAGAUCGGAUCCAAGGACCUGUUCUCCGAAGAGCAAGCGGCAAUCGCAGAGCUACCUCAAGAAUGCGACAUAUUUAGUGACAACGAAAAGCCGGUCAAAUAUGACCCUCAUUGCACAUGGGAGAUGUGGGAAGAGAAUAUGAUCCGCUUCGAGCCGAGUGAGAGAGGCUUUGGCGAAUUCUUUGUCUACGCAUCAUGCUAUUGGUUGAAGCAUUUUGGCGCAGUUGAGGAUGAACCACUCCCUAGCCUAUCGGAUGUGGAAAGAUUGUGUCAAGUAGGAUCAAUUCGACUUCGCAACUGGAUCCAACAAAACUGUCGCCCAGGCUGCACUGUCGCUCCCAGAUUUGAGUUUGACUACAGGCUCUAUGAUCCUCUAUGCAUCACUUCACUCUACGGUUCGGUGCCAAUGCUUCGUGAUUUACUGAAAAGUUCGAGCUUCGCCAAGGAUACCUAUUUUCCAAAACCAGCUAUGGAGGCAGUUUAUCAAAUCCUCAGAUGGGGAGAUAUUUCUAGACUGCUGAUACUGUUUUUAGACGAUCAAGUCGGUCAGCAGCUACAGAAUCUCCAUUUUUUUCGAAGUAUCAUCAAAGUAUGGCAGAAUCCGCGCCAACAAGCCCAGGAGGUCGCUGUGGGCUGGAAUUCUGACAAGGUCACCAACUGGGAUGAUUUAUUCGCGCUCCUCGAUGUCGUACUGGGGAGAAUGGUUCAGGAACGAUGGGGAAAUGAACUCCUAUGUGUGGCAGCCAGCGCGGGUUGCAUGCCAGUCAUCCAGGGUCUCAUGGAUAGCGCCCGACAAAAUGAGGAGCUCCGAAAUGAAUUACUCCGUCGAUCCCGGGUCGAGCCGCAAUGGACAAUAUUUGAGCCGGUGCAUCAAUCUCUUGGUGAGGCUGUUCUGAGAAAUCGCGUUGACGUGGUGGGGUACCUAGUCAAGGUGGAUGGCAUUGAUACGCAUCUUCGGUACCAAAACUCUCGCGGUGAAAAUGUUUUGCAUUUGGCAUCGAUGAUCUGCAACCCUGAGAUUUUCCAAAUUCUUGCACCUCGUUUUCCGGAGGGAAUAAACCAGAAAGAUUGUCGAGGCGAUACACCCUUACUCAGGGUAAUUAUGAAUUUUUCAGCCUCAGGCAAUCGGUUUGAAUCAGCACGAAUUCUUCUCUCGCAGAGCACACAUUGGCAAUUCGCUGAGAAGCAUUACCGCAAGCUAUUCCGAAACUUAUUUAACGAUUUCUAA